CAUACCAGUCAUUUGCUACAACCACUCGACUUGUCAGUAUUUAAGCCCUUUAAAGACAAAUGGGACGACAGAAUGAUGAAAUGGCAAAGAUGCAAUUACGGCCAAAAGCUAUCGAAAAAGGAGUUUUCUAUUAUUGUUGGGGAAGUUUGGCGCAGCUUAGACCCAAAAAUAUUGAUAAAUGGUUUUAAAAAAGGUGGAAUAUUUCCAUUCAAUAGAACAGUUGUAUCAGAAGAUAAAUUGGACCAAAGCGCUCUGAAGAGGUGGAAAGAACACAAAAAAAAUACUGCCAUCGAUGUUACAUCAACGAUUUCAAGCCCCGCAACGUUGUUAUCAAUAUGUUUGAAAAAAAUAAACGAGGGCUUGAUCACGUGCACUGAUGCAUCGGUAACCCAACAUUGUCAUACCCUAACUAUUCCCUCCGUUACCUCAAGGGAUUUGAUUAAUAAACCGGAAAUGUCAAAUAAAACUUCAUUCGAAGAAUUGCUCUUAAGUACAAUAAAAAGACACGAAAGUAAAGUCACAAUACAAAAAAAGACAAAAAUUUCAAGCGGUGCUGAAGUUAUUACACAUUUAGAUGUCAUUAAGAAAUUGAAGCAAAAAGAAGACGAAAAAAUUAAGAAAGAAGAUAAGCUCAAGAUGAAACAAACAAAAAACACAGCUAUAAAAAAGAAUUCUUCGAAAGUAACAGAAAAAACGACCAAUUUUAUAUCUGGGACAAGAGACUCCUUUCCUGAUUCUGAUAACCCUGGGCCAAGCACUUCAAAUCACCAAUUAUCAAUGGUAACAUCUAGCUUGAAUCAGGAAACAAAAAUUCAUAAUCCGAAAAACAUAAUUGUUAAAUCAAAUAUACGCAUAGACGAUUGCAGUAAAUUCUUGAAGGAUUUAAAUAAAGAAACUAUGAUAAAUAUUAGUAAUAAAUCUAUACUGCAAUUGAAGAAGAAACGGCAAGACACACCUCUCUCGGAAAUAACUGCAAAUAGUCAAAACAAAGGUGACAGGGUGAAAAAAACUCCAAUGAAAAGUAAGGAAAAAAAAGGACUUACAAAACCAAAGAAACAAAAAAUUAAAAUUAAACACGAAUCAUCAACAGACGAAAGUGAUUUCAGCGUGCACGAUGUGUCAGAUUAUGAAAAUGAUAAUUUUGAUGAUUAUAUUAACUCGAUACUAGUCAACGAUGACUAUAAUCUUGAUUUGGGCGACGAAGAAAAUAAUGUUGUCGAAGUUCAGCACUAUACUCAAUCCUCUGCCAAAUGCAGUAUAAACGAUUGGGUUUUGGUCAAGUUCGCUUCAAAGAAAACGAUAAAACAUUUUGUAGGACAGGUUAAAUCAAUAAACAAUGGAGUGCCAACUAUAAAAUAUGCAAGGAAAAUUCAUAAAGCCAAAAAAGAUUCAAUAUUCGCUUAUCCAAUUAUUGAUGACAUAUGCGACUUGAAGCACAGCGAAGAUAUAGUAGCAGUAUUACCUGAGCCUGAAAUAUCUCGACGUGGUCAUAUAAUCUUCAAAAUACAUUUUGAUACAUACAAUGUGCAGUAGUAAAAAAUCUUAUAGUCACGAAGUUAGUUUAGGAACAUAAAAGACUGAAAACUCUUAGAACAAUGUGACUAUAAGAUAUUUUUACUACUAUUUUUGAAACCGCCUCAGUAUUUUUUCUUAGUUUUUGUGAUUUGUUUCAUGUUCUUAUUUGAAUUUAUUUUUAUAAAAUUUUAGCAUUAGCAUUAGGUACUUACCACGUUCACAACGACCAAUGCAAUGU